AUGUUCAAGCAACAAUGCUCAGCUAUUGAAGUCGACCUUCAUGAGAGCUGUAAAUUUAUCGAGACCAAUUUUAACAAAGAUUUAAUGGAUGAUAUUAUUGCUAAAAAGAAAUUGCAACUUGAUCAAAGAUUACAUAAUGUGCAAGGACAAUUUAGACUUCAAAACAUUCGCAACGCUCCUAAACCGAAAACAAUUUGCAUGUAUUUUGGCGACAAUUAUUUUUUAUCCGGAUACUUUGAAUAUUAUUACAAAACCAACAAUAUUGCCAAAUACGUGACUGAUGAUCAUGGCGAUUUUAUGCACCAAAAUUGCAUUGCUAUUACCAACGAUAAUAUACUGUUAAAUAAUCAGGAUAUCAUAAGCGCAGAUAAUAAUAUCAAUAUAAUAAAUAUUCUGGGGACUGACCUAACAGAUAACACCGACAUACCUGGCCUGAAAUUAGAGAUAUCUGAAAAUGGCCCUGCAAAAAUAUGUAUUAAUAUCAAGGACGAAAUGUAUAAAUUAAAUGUCGAAACAUUAAUUGCGCUACAAAUAGCCCAUAUUAAGUUAGUCGCUGAAAAACAGCUUGGCAAUAAUUUACGAAAAGCUUUAUUUACGGUACCUUCGGAUUUUACCAUGCGUAAGAUUAACGCGGUAAAAUGUGCUGGGAAAUUGGUUGAAUUUGACCAGGUUAGUGUAAUAAAUGAUAUUACCGCCAUUGCUAUUGCGUACGCAAUUGAUGUAAAAUUGGGUACUGAAAAAUAA